GUUAAAUGCAACCCCACUUGUGUUUUCUGCUUGAUCGAUGACAACAUUGAUUUUCAUUCUGGUUGUCGUCCACUGAUUCAGGUGAAAAGUCAGCAAAUUUUUCAAGUUUCAAUAAUAAAUACCAGCAAAUAUGUCGCAAGAGGUUGAGGAAACUUUGAAACGUAUUCAGUCACACAAGGGUGUUGUCGGUACCAUUGUUGUCAAUAAUGAAGGUAUUCCAGUCAAGUCGACAUUGGACAACACGACCACAGUGCAGUACGCCGGACUCAUGAGUCAGUUAUCUGACAAAGCACGUAGUGUUGUGCGGGAUUUAGACCCAUCCAAUGAUCUCACUUUCCUGCGUGUACGUUCUAAGAAACACGAAAUUAUGGUUGCUCCAGAUAAGGAUUUCAUAUUGAUAGUUAUCCAAAAUCCAACUGAUUAAUGUGUGUAAGGAUGGUAUGGUCUAAAACAAACACUUCAGCUAUUUACGUAUUCAUUUUAUUAAACCGCGUUGCAGGACACUGCACAAAAAUAUACAAUAUAUCUUUUAAGAUC